GAUAUUGGAUGUUUCUGGAGGGCGCUGCAAAUGGAGCGUUACUAAUAUUUAGUGACCUGAUUGGAGUGAGUAUUCGAAAUAAUGCUGGUUAUAGAGUGUAAUGCAGAGCUAGCCGAAACAUGGUCAACAUAUCUUUAAAAAUUCAUCAUAGCUGAGCUCCACUUUUAAGGUCUUGAAUAAUGGAUGAAGAACAGUUCAAAUUUAACUUUCAAUUAGAACAAAUUGUAGAAGAAUGGAAAACAUUGGACAAUGAGGAAGAAGACGAACCUCACAAUGAUGACGAUGAUGGUGAUAAUUUGAAUGCUGUUAGUCAAGAAUCAUUUUUUGCCCCUCAUUAUAAAGAUGGUAUAGAUUAUUUUACAAUAACCAACCCUGAGAAAGUAAAACAAGAAUGGCUUGAAGCUAGAAAAUUGAUUAUACCACAUAUUCAAAAUGUUGUCAAACAUUUAGUUCGAGAGAAAUUUCAGAAAUAAAUUUUGAUGUACAGAAAAAAGUGUGUUUAUAUUUUUCGGCUUAUCGUUGUUAGAUAGUUUUCAGUGU